AUGAUGGGUAUCAUUCGUUUGGUAUCUGAUAAUGAUACCGUCAAUGAACAAGAUUAUUCACAUAGUCAUGAUGAGGGAGAUCAGUAUGUUAUCCCAUCACAAAAUUACCAAAGAUCGAAUCAACGACAACAAAAGCAAUAUCAACAGUCCUCUGCCACAUAUUUUUCUAACUAUCCCGCAUCCGAAAAGAAGUAUUUGCAGAAUAACAGUACAAAUCAAGGACAACGUGCAACUCGAGCCACGCCAGAUUUCUUGCUAAAUCAAGUUUCAUUGCCACCAAAUACAGGACCACCAGGAACAGUAGCAGUCACGAAUGGUUCAAACUCGAGCAACAAUAAGAAUUUAAGCCAUGUCCCAUGCAAGUUUUACAGACAAGGAGUUUGUCAAGCUGGCAACUCGUGUCCUUUCAGUCACAACUUGGAUGGAGCUUUAGGUGCUGAUAAAUUGCCGUGUAAAUACUUUCAAAAAGGUAACUGCAAAUUUGGGUUGAAAUGUGCAUUAGCUCACUUUCUUCCAGAUGGAACACGAGUGAAUUCAAAAGGUUUCUUACAAUUGAAUGGUAAUGGAAAACUGAAUAACCAUCGAAAUUCUUUUGGUUCCUAUGGUACCUCUUCAUACCCAAAUGAUUUUUCACCUCCGGAAUAUGAAAAAUCAUUCGUGGGUGCAAACAAUGGCGGGUUUGAAUCAUCUCCCUCGAAUGCUGUUUUUGCAACACAAAACAAUCAAACAGCUAGUUUUAUAAACAUUGGAAAUGGCUCUUCUCCUCUGUUGCUGCGGCAAUAUCAGCAGCCGAUAUCAUUAUCCCUGGUUCCACAAGAGAGCCUUAAUCAGUCGCGUUCAUUCAAUAGAAGCAACAGCUUACAACAUAUCCCUCAACCAGCCAAUACCCCUUCUUCUCCAUAUACUCAACAGCCAAAAAUUCUGCAUCAAAGACUGCUUCUGAUGCAACAUCAACCCAGUAUAUUUUUGGCAUCAAAUUCUUUCAAUAAUGGAUUCUCAAGUGCUUCUAAUGGGUUUAGCUUUAGAUCGAACCAGCCUCUCGGAAGGUCAAAUUCAAUUAGUUUGAGUAUUAAUAACAAUGAAGAUGAAACUAUUCCAGGUCAAUAUUUCACUCCUAAUACUAAUGUCCAAGUAUCUCCUCAAGAAACCCAUUCUGCAACAACACCAACCUCACGAUUCUCCUUCAAUUCAAGGCUUUCAGCCCAACAGUUUAUUCAACAUCAUCAUCUCCACCAACAGCAACAACCACAACAAAACUUUGGGUAUUAUUAUACGGAAUCCAGUAGUUCUGCUAUAGUAGAUGAUGAUGAAUAUCCCACCACUAAAAACGAUGUCAUGUUUGAAGAGGAUUUUAUACCUGGUUCCCUUAGUGAUGUUAUACUCACACCGCAGGAAUUAAAACGUCGUGACUCCAGAUCUCAAAGUGGUAAUUUAAAUGUACGUCCUAAUUUGAACAGUUUAUUUGAAUCAGAGACACAAGCUACACAUGAUAAUGGUAAUGUAUUUUUAAUGGAUUGA